CUGAGUUGACCCAGAAAAUAGGCAGUCGUUUCAAGAUCUGAUGCGGCAGUCUUUGUGCACACCGUUCUCGCUGAGCAUGAAGCGUAACCCAGUGGAAUACAGAGUCUAAACAGAGGAGCUCCGUUUUUACACUGGAACUGUUUAAAAGGACGGAACCAGAGCAAAGUAGCGCAACUUUGUGGAGCUGUUACGGUUUCGGACAGGAGGCAUGGCAGACCAUCUGAUGAUGCCCAUGAAUCACAACUCAGCAGGUGGCGGUCUCCACGGUUACAGGAUGGGCAUGAACGGCGGCCUGCAGGCAGGUCACCAGCAGCAUGCUAACCAGCAGGGCAUGCGGCCCAUGCCCAAUGGCCAGAUGAUGCACUACGGAGGUGGGCAGGCCAACAUGGAGACGGCCAUGAGGCAGCGUCAGGUCAUGGGUGCACCCAUGAACGGACAGAUGAACGGGGCACAGAUGGGCCAUCACCAGAUGACCUCUGGAAACAUGAUGUACAACGGGCAGCACCAUCCGGGACAGCAGCAGCACCACAUGCACCCGCAGCAGCACCCGGGCCAGCACCCGCCCCAGUCCCAGCACCCUCAACAGCACCCACCCCAGCAUCCACAACAGCACCCCCAGCAACACCCACAGCAGCAGCAGUUUAUGAACGGAGGACUCACAUCUCAGCAGCUCAUGGCCAGCAUGCAGCUGCAGAAACUCAACACUCAGUACCAUGGACACCCUCUCGGACCUAUGACCGGGGGCCACAUGGGCCCCGCUCAGUACCGCAUGAACCCGGCCCAGCUGGCCAACAUGCAGCACAUGGCCGGGCCCACACUGGCACUCAAUGGUAUGGACGCCGAUAUGAUCGAUGAGGAGGUUCUCACCUCACUAGUCAUGGAGCUAGGCCUAGAUCGAGUGCAGGAACUACCAGAACUUUUCCUCGGACAGAAUGAGUUUGACUUUAUUUCAGACUUUGUCAACAAACAGCAGCCUAGUACUGUCAGCUGCUGAGAGGAUCUGCUUUUGCCACAAAUGGAGGAGCAAGGAGCAUGAAUUGUCCUGGAUGGAUGAGUGCUCAGUCCUGCUUUUUAUUUUUAACUGCACCUUUCUGCACAAAGCAGCAGCAGGACGCACUGAGGACCCCGGGACCCCACUGUGGGACCCCCUGUGGACCCAACUGUGGGACACAGACCAGUGUCGCACUUGUGCUUGUGGCCACAGGUGCAGGCUCAAGGCUUCAGCCCAGAUUUCUGGACUUGAAUGUAAUAAACGCCACUUGAACAAUGCUAUGACACUGUGUAGCCCCAGGCCCGGACUCCAUCUUGAUCUUUGCAUACAGAAAAAGGUGCAUUUAUUUAUUCUAAUCAGAGAAAACAGAUUCAAAGUACAGCUUCCAUGUUUUUGGGAAGUAUUAUAUUUUAGUUGAACAAAAUGCAUUCUCUGCCAUUCUCUUUUGGGUUUAGAGUAUAUGUUGGCGUGGUCAGUGUAUGACCACAGCACUCUGUUAUCUCAUUUCUGUGGGAGUAUCAUGCAUAAAUGGUUCACUUAUGGGAAAGUGCUGCCUUUUUAGAUGUGAUGUUCUCUGAGUCUACUGCUUGUACUGUACUAAACCAUGAAGCUGUAUUCACCAUGUUGACACUGUUGUGUUCUAUUGGAGAUGUAGAACCGCCUUAAUUUAGCAGAUUAUUAUUUAUUGGUUGUUUAUAUUGUCCCCUGUUUGUGGUCAAGAUGGGGGUGUAUUCUGUCAGAGGGCUUUGGAGGAUCAAUAAAGAUGGCCUGGAUAGAAGUGUGGCCUGCUUUCCCAUUCAUUGCACUGUUCUCCCCCCAGGCGCUCAGAGAAGUCAGUGCUCAGUGCUUGGGUUAACAUGUGGGUGCGCCCAAACCUCAGCCUGAUUUGGAGGCAUUUAAACAGAUACAAUAUUCAUGUUUCCUGUGUUCUGUGCAGGGGAGGGCGUACUGCAAAUCCCCAGGGCUUUACAUGUGCGUUCUGUUCUUGAUCAGAUUCAGUGUACUGUAACAGAUGCCAACAUGACUGACAUGUAGUAAUUGCACACACAUCUUGAUUAUCACAGGCUUGGCUGUUGCUGAUGCUUAAAUAAUAGUUUUAUAUCUAAAGAACAAAUGAUUAUGGGUGCAAAUAGCUGUUAAAAAUAUUCACACAGAUUAUUAUGGUUAAGUAAUUAUGUUUUAAGUUAAUAUCUUUUGUUUCUUGGUUGUCUGUAUUCCCGUUACAGACCAUUACCUCAUUACAAUUCAGUUUUUUUGUGCGUCCCAAAGUCCACAAGGGUUACCUGUUAUUUAUUUAUUUGUAUUUUUUGGUAAUGUGAUUGGGGAGAAAAAUGAUAGAAAGGUCCUACACCUGAUAUAAGAUACAAGGUAAGCUGAUGCUAAAGAGUUAGGAGGUUCAUUGCAUUCCAACUCGGGUAAAAAGGUUAAAAGUCCUAUAUUACACAAAAUGGAUUCCUGUGAGUGUUUAGCCGUUAUAAUGCUGAUACCUCAUCAAAAACAUACCCAGAGUUUUGUUUUGAGUCAUUUACACGUGUUUGAGUAGUCUGGCAUUGUUGGUCUCUCUACAUCUCAAAAGUUCAAAAUGAUUUGUUCCACUUUCUGAUCUCUUGUAGUGGUGGUUUUCAAGUAACAGUCACCUUUUAGUUCAGCAGAGAUUGGCAAUUCCAGGGUUGGAAUUUUCAGAUGAUUCUAGUGAAGAUGUAUGGAGUUUAAAAACACAGUGGAGCCAUAUUACAUCACUAAAUGGAACAGAGGGUUUUCUGUCUGAGAGAAGAACACAGCCUAAAUAUGGAGGGUUUAUGUGUUUAACAUGUGUGAAUGAAGACAAAACACUGCAGGUUUGUGAUGAGGAAACAACAUUAUAAUACAGAUCGCCCAAUAGUGUAAUAUGAGCCCUUUAAAAAUAUAUCGUUAGUAAUUACUAUUGCAAGAUAAGGUCAGUGUUAAGAAUACUGGAAUAAUACUACUAAUAACAGAGUGCUACAAACAGUACAACAAAGUACUUCAGCAAAACUUCCAACACAUUUAUUAUUGUCCCGAUUGGUUCCAUCAUUCUCCCCACAAUACCUAUAAACAAUCUUGAGAAUUCACCACUCCUCUCCGGAAAGCCACAGCCACUUGUCGAGUAGUAAAACAAUUUUCCCCAUAUGAUUGCGUUCAUUAUGAAAUGAGGUUAAAGAGAUUCUCCGCAGCAGCCCCGUUUGCCGGAUUGUUAUGUGCCUCGGAGCAAUGAAAACGCUUGAUUGAGGUCAUGUUGGGAAUGCCAUCAUGGCGUUUAGUUGUUGCCACAUUGUCAACAAAAGCAUCUUUAGCAACAUCGUGAGUAACAGGGGGAGCAUGAGGAGCUCUGGUAAUGCGCACCGCCAGUAAUGCUGUUUGCUGAUUACUCACUUUUCCAUUCCACUUGCCUCCCUACUAUGUAAUUGUAUUUGUUGUAUUGUGGCUGAGGGUGGUUGGAGUUUAAGAGUUUUCAAAUCAAGUGCUGCCUUUGAAAAUAUGUAGCUCAAAAGUAGUUAUAAAAGCCUAGAUACAAAAUUAUAUUGUUACAUAUAAAGUGUACUUGUUAUCAAGGCAGGUUAAGCAAUAAAAAAAAAAUCAAGAAGUUGUUGCUUCAUUUGGGUUCAGAAUUGACCAACUGUAUAGCAACUGUAAGUAGCUUGAGCUCUUACAGUUUAAAAAAAAAGUAUUGCAAUCACAACUGAACCUGGUUUGCCAAUACCCUAAACCUGUAUAGAGGAGACAUUCAAGUUUUUCUCAUUCUCAGUAUAUAGGCACCCUGCAGGCUACAGAGGCUGCACUAGCACUGAUUCAUGAUUGGCUGCUGGUGCUAGGGUUUAGGCUCAUUCUGUUUUCUGAUUGGAUAAGCAUCUUGAGAACUAGAACACCAACUAUAACAUAAACAACGUAGCCAUCAUGUUUUUGCCAUUAAAAAUAAAUCAGCAUUAUCAUUUUUACCAGCUUACAUUAUAUUUGAUUUGUAUCUGGGGACAAGGUCGUGUUUAUGGAAUGUAAACUAAAUAUCUUACAUACAUUCCCUUUAAGAUUUUUACUUUUUCUAAAAAUAACAGAAUUAUUAUCCAUUCAUAUAAGUUCCCCAAACUGUAUUCAGUGACUGUGAGUGGAGUAAGAGGCCUGAAUGAGUUUGAGUUUCAAGUAACAAAGUGCUUUAGGCUAUGUGUUGGAGAGCUUGUACUUAUCACUUACGACUUCACUAUUUGUGUAGUUCAACAGACACUGACUGGAAAACAUGCUUACUCUGGUGUAGAGGAUAUUGUGCUAAACAUGUUCAGGAGGUUCAGGUGACAACACCACAUUAUACAAUACCUCAGGUAAAACUGAAAUAUUAAUUUGCUGUUUAACUGACAAAUAAAAUGUGGAUAUUUGGCUAAAAGAAGUGAUUCCAAACAAACUAAUCAGGUAAAACCUUUAUGGAUUUUGUUUGGGUAUACCAAAUGUCAGUGUCUUUCCCAUUGCCCUUCAUCUGAAAUCAUGACAUCAUAUUUUACAAUGUCAUGAACGCAACCUUGUAUUGCAGCUGUCUUAUUAUGUUUGAUUUGUUGCCAUCCAAACUUGAUUUUAGUUAAAUAUUGGUUCCUAGGGUUACAAAAAUGCUACAAAAUCAUUUUAGAUUUCAACCAACUCGAUUUCAUUGAAACAACCCAAAUAAAGACAAAUGUGUGAGCCUCA